GGAAGUGGACUACAAAUUAUACAUUGAGGAGGCGAAAAUACACACACAAAUUGAUACUAAGGAAGCUUAGCUCUUUAAUAUUAGCUAGCAACAUGUCGAAGGAACUGUCGCAAGAAGAUUUUAAAAUUAGUUCCGAUGAGAAGUGGGAUCAUUCGCUUGAAAACUUUAUUCGUAAAGCCUCCAUUGGAGUUUGCAUGAGUAUUUUGCCAUGCUUUUUACUAGGGAGAUCUGCUGCUGUGCGGGGUGCCAUUAUUGCCUUAGGCACAGGUUUUGGAUGUGGAGUAGCGUACGGUGAGGCCCGCUAUCUUUUCGAUCACGAUAUCGUAUUUGACAAGCGCAACAUUGUUCAAAUACAAGCGUUUAAUCACAAGGAGGCCACGAAUUUUAAUUAAGGGCAAUGCAGUUGUGGAAGAAGGGACGCUGCCUUCUAUUGAACUUGCGUAUUAGGUGAAUGAUUUUCUGGGAGGGACGUUUCGAUGCAUUUAUUUUGUCUAUCGCUGUUACUUCUUCUUUUGUUUCUGUGGUAGGAGGAUUUCUUGACCGUUGA